GUGCAACAAAUAACAAAAAAGAAGAUAGUCUUUUUCGCCUAAACCUUUCAGAUAAGAUUUGUUUAGAGGAGGGGAAAAUAAAUAAUUUGCGAGUGGAUUUGAAUAGAAUUUCUAUGAAAAAUGAACUUAAUUACAGCAAUUAAAUUGUAUGUUGAAAAGAUGUGCAACGAAUCGGGACCAGGUAUGAAAACCAUACUUCUGGAUAAAGAGACGACCAGUAUAAUAUCCAUGGCUUUUAGUCAGUCAGAUAUGUUACAAAGAGAAGUAUACUUAUUUGAACGACUAGAUUCUGGGCGCUCGAAUGAGCGCAUGAAGAACCUUAAAUGCAUAGUUUUUAUAAGACCUACUAAACAAAAUAUACAACUUUUGGCCGAUGAGCUACGCAGCCCCAAGUACGGAUCGUAUUUCAUAUAUUUCAGUAACAUUAUUCCACGUACAGAUAUUAAAUAUCUUGCAGAAUGUGAUGAAAGUGAGUCAGUGCGGGAAGUGAAAGAAGUAUAUGCAGACUACCUCUGUGUGAAUCCGAAUUUAUUCUCACUCAAUAUAAACUGCAGCAUGCAUCGACUUAAUUGGCUACCUGAUGCACUGAGUCGUACAGUACAAGGUUUAUUGGCUGUGUUAUUAUCACUGAAGUUGAAUCCGGUUAUACGUUACCGUGCGGGUUCAAUAGUAUCACAAACCUUGGCAAAGCAAAUUUAUGAGCAAAUUUGCAAAGAGUCAAGUCUCUUUGAUUUUUCGCGCACACACGAAAAUGGUGCUGCACCACCACUAUUGCUUAUCUUAGAUCGACGAGAUGACCCUGUUACACCACUUCUGCACCAAUGGACGUAUCAAGCAAUGGUACAUGAACUUUUGAAUAUACAUAAUAAUCGCGUUGAUCUUUCCAACACAGCCGGUAUACCGAAAGAUUUUCGUGAAUUGGUCUUAUCCGGCGAUCAAGACGAGUUUUAUGCUAACAACAUGUACGCCAAUUUCGGCGAAAUUGGGUCCACAAUUAAAAACUUAAUGGAAGAAUUUCAACGCAAGGCCAAAGAUCAUAAAAAAGUUGAGAGUAUAGCUGAUAUGAAGAACUUCAUUGAGACUUAUCCUCAGUUUAAGAAGAUGUCGGGUACGGUGCAGAAGCAUCUAUGCAUAAUGGGUGAACUAUCUGCCCUCACCACAAAGCGGAACCUCUUCGAAGUAUCCGAAUUGGAGCAGGAGGUUGCUUGCAAAGCAGAGCACUCGGCACAAUUGCAGCGUAUACGAAAAGUUAUAGCCGAUGAAAGGAUAUCGAUAGAUGAUGCAAUCAAAUUAGUGGCGCUUUAUGCACUAAGGUAUGAAAGGCACGCCAAUUGUGAUACUUCCAGUUUAUUGCAGAUUAUAAAGACCCGUGGCGGCCGUACAGCGAUCAUUCCAAGUUUAAUCGAGUUUGCGGGUACACAUAUGAGACAAGGAGAUAUAUUCAAUUUAGUGCGCAUCUCAGAUGCCGUCAAACUAACACGUAAUUUAAUUAAGGGAUUGAAAGGUGUGGAAAAUGUUUUUACACAACACACACCGCUUCUCAAAGAGACCUUGGAAGAGGUUUUUAAAGGUCGUGAACUUGAACCCACAUACCCGGCAAUUAACUCUGAGCUUGUACCAUUCCGUCGCCCUCCUCAGGAAGUGGUUGUAUUUAUAAUUGGAGGUGCUACAUAUGAGGAAGCGUUGGCAGUGCAUCACUUGAAUAAUGCGGGAUAUAAAGUUAUACUUGGUGGUACAACUAUACAUAAUUCAGAGAGUUUUAUAAGCGAAGUAUUAACUGCUACAGAAGGCAUACAAUUUAAGCACACUAAAACGAUGACAAAGUUCAUUUCCAGUGAUAAUUAUUGAAUUAUAAACGUGAUUGACAUUUAAAAGUAAAGGGAUGUUAGAAUACUAUAUUCGAUUGUAUUUAUCAAGCUGAUAAACUGUAUUUAUUAUUUAUCUUCUAAUAUAAUAUUCAUAUAUUCUAGCUAAUAUUUGUAUUUAUUGUUAUUUACAUACACUUACGUAUUGCAUAGUUACUAAAUACAUAUAAUUUACCAAAUGUCCCUUUUGCUAAAAUUUAGGCAAUUCUUUAAGCGUGGUGAAUUACUUGCCAUAACCAUGUACAUACAUACAUACACGAUUGUGUGUUUGCAGAUAUGAAAUUUUUUUAUUCAACGUUUC